UAUAUUUUUGAUUUACUAAAUUCCAAAAAAAAUUGUACAAUAAAUAUUGUAAAUUACAUGUUUAGACGAACUUGAAUUUCGUGCUCACUGCUUUUCUAUAAUGUAAUUCUGCAUGUCGGCAGAGAUCGUGCCGAUUAUUCUAUUCUAUUCACUAUAGAGCUCGCCAGUUACCCGCCUCAGUCAGUCGUGUUUGUUUGACAAUAAGCUUCUGUCAAUAAGGUUACAAUAACCAGUAUAAGUUUAUUACUUUUAGUAUUACAAGUUAAAUAACUCAUCCAAAAAAAUGUCUGAACGAAAAGUAUUAAACAAAUAUUACCCUCCGGAUUUUGAUCCUGCCAAAAUACCUCGUAUGAAGUUGGAGAAAAACCGACAAUAUACAGUUAGACUGAUGGCUCCAUUCAAUAUGAGAUGUGCUACAUGUGGAGAGUACAUUUAUAAGGGUAAAAAGUUCAAUGCUCGCAAAGAAGAUGUAGAAGGUGAUACAUAUUUGGGCAUCAGAAUAUAUAGGUUUUACAUUAAAUGCACAAGAUGCUUACAAGAAAUUUCCUUCAAAACGGAUCCAAAAAAUACUGACUAUGAGAUUGAAGCUGGCGCAACAAGAAACUUCAUGGCCCUCAAACUUGCUGAAGAGCAAGCCAAAAAGGAAGAAGAUGAAGAGAAAGAAGACGAUGCCACGAAUCCUAUGAAACUCUUGGAAAAAAGAACGCAGCAAUCCAAACAAGAACUGGAGCUGCUAGAAUCUUUAGAAGAAUUGAAAGAUUUGAAUAAACGUCAACAACAAGUAAAUUAUGACCAAAUGUUAGAAAAGUACAACCCAAUUCCAGAACAAAUGAGGACGUUGAAAGAACAAGAGGAACACGAUGAAAAGUUAGUUCAAGCCAUGCUUAGAAAAAGGAAAAUGGGUGGUAAAGUUGUUGAAGAAGAAACAAUAGAGAUAGAAGAAAGUAACUUGGAACCUGCUCCUAAGGUUGCAAAAAGUGUGAGUCUAGUUGAUGAGUCGAAACCACCUGUAAACCUUGAAGAAAAGCGACAAAAGUUUGGUAUUAAAUUAAAAUCAAAGUCAAAAGAGACUGAGACUAAGACAGAUAAUAGCGCUUCAUCUUCGUGUAGCAAGCCUCCAUUACCAAGUGGCCUUUCAUUAUUAGGUGAAUAUUCAGCCAGCAGUGAAGACGACGAUGAAAGUUAGCUCUUAUGUAAAUGAAUUAAAUAAUGUAAAUAAAAUGAAUAGUUCUACAAGUUAUAAGAAAAAUAAGUUUAUUCAGUACGUCCAU